CACAAGGGCGCGAGAUCGGUGUGCUUCUUCUUCCUCCUCAAAUUUCAAGUUGAUACAUCUCUAAAGCUAGUAAUAGAAAAUGGCUGAGGCUGAGGACAUUCAACCACUUGUCUGCGACAAUGGGACAGGAAUGGUUAAGGCUGGAUUCGCUGGAGAUGAUGCUCCAAGGGCUGUCUUUCCUAGCAUUGUUGGCCGCCCACGUCACACUGGUGUGAUGGUUGGCAUGGGUCAAAAGGAUGCAUACGUUGGAGAUGAGGCUCAGUCUAAGCGUGGUAUCUUGACACUGAAAUACCCCAUUGAACAUGGUAUUGUGAGCAACUGGGAUGAUAUGGAGAAGAUUUGGCAUCACACUUUCUACAAUGAACUUCGUGUUGCCCCUGAAGAACAUCCAGUUCUACUCACAGAAGCACCUCUUAACCCAAAGGCCAAUCGUGAGAAAAUGACCCAAAUCAUGUUUGAGACAUUCAACACUCCUGCCAUGUAUGUCGCCAUCCAGGCUGUUCUUUCCCUCUAUGCCAGUGGUCGCACAACUGGUAUUGUCCUGGACUCUGGAGAUGGUGUCAGUCACACUGUUCCCAUUUAUGAGGGGUAUGCUCUUCCACAUGCCAUUCUCCGUCUUGACUUAGCAGGUCGUGACCUCACUGAUGCUCUUAUGAAAAUCUUGACUGAGCGUGGCUAUUCCUUCACCACCACUGCUGAGCGAGAAAUAGUCAGGGACAUGAAGGAGAAGCUUGCAUAUCUUGCUCUCGACUAUGAGCAGGAGCUUGAAACUGCUAAGACAAGUUCUUCUGUUGAGAAAAGCUAUGAAUUGCCUGAUGGACAGGUGAUCACCAUCGGUGCUGAGCGAUUCCGUUGCCCAGAAGUACUUUUCCAACCAUCCAUGAUCGGAAUGGAAGCUGCAGGCAUACACGAGACUACAUACAACUCUAUCAUGAAGUGUGAUGUCGAUAUCAGAAAGGAUUUGUAUGGAAACAUUGUGCUCAGUGGUGGGUCUACCAUGUUCCCUGGCAUUGCCGACAGAAUGAGCAAGGAAAUCACGGCUUUAGCACCAAGCAGCAUGAAAAUCAAGGUUGUUGCUCCACCUGAGAGGAAGUACAGUGUCUGGAUUGGUGGAUCCAUCCUUGCAUCUUUAAGCACAUUCCAGCAGAUGUGGAUUGCAAAGGCAGAGUAUGAUGAAUCUGGUCCAUCAAUUGUACACAGGAAGUGUUUCUAGUGCUGCUGGAUGGGAGCGGUGAGAGUUCGAGGUCUAGUUUAAAGUAUAGCAAUUGCAGCUUGCAAGUUUUUC